AUGAGGAACUUGGUGCUCCUCGUCGCCCUCCUGGCCUGCGCCGCCGCCCUGCCCGAGCCGCAAGGAUUGUUCCGACAACAACAACAUACCCGAGAUAAGCCGAUGCACCGUCCAUAUCUCCAAGACCUGGACGCCGACCGGAGCAAGCCAGCGUCCGACCUGAAACCCAUCACAAAAAGCAGGGUCGUAAGGGGUCGUUUCCCGGUCGGAGGUCGUCAGCGCGACAACUCCUUCUCGGACGACAAGCCGACUCCUGCUCGAGGAUCGCCCCAGACGCCCGCGCCCACAACCACGCCCAAGCCGAGAAAGGAGAUCACCUACGCCUGCAAUGAGAAUGCUUGCGCUCCCGGGUACUCCAAGUUCGAGAACAAGUGUUAUAAGGUGAUCCAGACAGACACGCCGAUUGACUUCACAUCUGCACAGAGGAAGUGCCAAGCCGACAACGCCGUCCUGGCCGCCGACAAGAGCAGCAAGAUCCACAACUUCCUGAAGGGUCUCCUGAAGCCCCACCUCUCGCAGACCAUCGACUCGCAGAACAACCGUGCCUUCCUGGGUCUUCUCUGCCAAGAUGCCUGUGACUCCCCCGGAAACUGGGUGUACGCUGAUGGCUCCAAGUGCGAAGGCAACGAUUUCUGCGAUUGGCUCAAGGCCGGCACCACCAACGAAUGGAACUCCCUCCCCACCAGCCUGUACGGACCUUCCAUCGCCGCCAUGUUGGACGACUACCCCGACACCAACUUCCGCCACAAGCUCCAGCCCUACCCCGCUGACCACACUCUCCAGUACAUGAUCUGCCAGAAGGACGCUGACAGCACCGAGCACCUGAAGCCCCGCAACCUGAAGGUCCAGGAGCGUCUCGCCAACGUGGUCAUCGAGUGGGAAAGGCCUUCAUGCAGCGGUGAAUUCUCCAACUACAUCCUUGUCCUCCUCGGCGGUUCUGCCUCAUACGAUACUGAGAUGAAGUGCUCAGAGAACAAGUGUAGCUACACCCUGAACCCCGAAGUGUGCAACUACUGCAUCCACCCCAACACUGACUACACCUUCAGCGUCGCCGCCGUCCUCUCGGAGUCUCAGCUCGGACCCGCCAUCACCAUCAACAAGAAAAUCGUAUUCCCCAUGAAGCCCAAGGUGAAGCCACAAGGACCGAGGUUGUAG